GGCCGUGCUCCGAGCCCGGGUCCUCGCGACGCCACCGCGGCGGCUGGGGCGGCGCCUCUCGCUCCUCGUAUCCCGGCCGCGGGCCGGGGCGGCGCGCAGCAUGGGCAGAUGCUGCUUCUACGCUGCGGGGACGCUGUCCCUGCUGCUGCUGGUGACCAGCGUCACGCUGCUCGUGGCCCGGGUCUUCCAGAAGGCCGUGGACCGGGCGGUCGAGAAGAAUGUGGUGUUACGGAAUGGGACUGAGGUCUUUCACUCCUGGGAGAAGCCCCCACUGCCUGUAUACACCCAGUUCUACUUCUUCAACGUCACUAACCCGGAGGAGAUCCUCCGCGGGGAGCCCCCUCUGCUAGAGGAAGUGGGGCCCUACACCUACAGGGAACUAAGAAACAAGGCAAAUAUUCAAUUUGGAGACAAUGGAACAACAAUAUCUGCUGUUAGCAACAAGGCAUAUGUUUUUGAACGAAAUCAAUCUGUUGGAGACCCUAAAGUUGAUUUAAUUAGAACAUUAAAUAUUCCUGCAUUGACUGCCAUGGAGUGGACGCGGAACCCCUUCCUCCGGGACAUCAUCGAGGCUGUGCUCAAGGCCUACAAGCAGACGCUCUUCAUCACCCACACUGUGCAUGAGCUGCUCUGGGGCUACAAAGACGAGCUCUUGUCGCUGGUCCACGCGUUCAAACCGGACGUCUCCCCCUAUUUCGGCCUGUUCUAUGAAAAAAAUGGGACUAAUGAUGGAGAUUAUGUUUUCCUAACUGGAGAAGACAGUUAUCUUAACUUUACAAAGAUUGUGGAGUGGAAUGGAAAAACAUCUCUUGACUGGUGGACAACAGACAAAUGCAACAUGAUUAAUGGGACAGAUGGAGAUUCUUUUCACCCACUAAUAACCAAAGAUGAAGUCCUUUAUGUCUUCCCAUCUGACUUCUGCAGGUCUGUAUAUAUAACCUUCAGUGACUAUGGGAGUGUAGAGGGGCUGCCCACCUUUCGGUAUAAGGUGCCCGGAGAAAUAUUAGCCAAUACCUCAGAAAAUGCUGGCUUCUGUCUUCCUGAAGGAAACUGCCUGGGCACUGGAGUGCUGAAUGUCAGCAUCUGCAAGAACGGUGCACCCAUUAUUAUGUCUUUCCCACACUUUUAUCAAGCAGAUGAGAGGUUUAUUUCUGCCAUACGAGGCUUGCAUCCAAAUAAAGAGGAUCAUGAGACUUUUGUGGACAUUAAUCCUUUGACUGGAAUUAUCCUAAGGGCAGCAAAGAGGUUCCAAAUCAACAUUUAUGUCCAAAAGAUUGAUGACUUUAUUGAAACAGGAGACAUUAAAACCAUGGUUUUCCCAGUGAUGUAUCUCAAUGAGAGUGCUAUCAUUGAUAAAGAGACUGCAAGUCGACUUAAGUCUGUAAUUAACACUACUCUGAUUGUCACCAACAUACCCUACAUUAUCAUGGCACUGGGUGUGUUCUUUGGUUUGAUCUUCACCUGGCUUGCAUGCCGAGGACAGGGAUCUACGGAUGAGGGAACAGCAGAUGAAAGAGCACCCCUCAUAAGAACUUAACCAUCUCUCAGUGAAGGCAUGUGUGAGCUGUCCUUACCUGGACUGUGACAGGGGCCCCCACAUCCUCACAGACUCUGUAAGUGUGAAGAGGAGGGAGAAGACACGGUGUCGGCAGGUGAUGAGAGGAGUGUUCUGGCCAGAUAGGAAAAGGCAGGCUAACAUGGCUGGCCAUUGUGCUUUAUAGAAUCACGUGGUUUCUGAAACUGUUUUUUCAUAUGUCUAGCAAGUAUUUAAUAAAUUCUUAUAUAGUAACUUGGGGGGGGCUGGGUUCUGGUGGCUAUGGAAGUUUGUAACCACUGUUGUUAAUGUGUCACUGCAUCACUUGUUAAUGCUCUUUGGUCUAACCUUAGUCAAUAUGCUUCAUUCACCAAGUUUUGUGUUCCAAGUACAUAUGUACCACUUUUUGUCAUAUUCCUAAUUUCUCUCCCCAAAUGGAAGUAUCAGUUUGGAGACCAGGGGUAAAAUGGUAACCUCAUCCAAUAUAGGAUUCAAAUGCAUCUGAUUUCUUCUUUUAAACUAUUACAUACUGCAUAUCAUGCUAAUCUUCAAUUCAUAAUUCCUCCAGGAAAAUAACUUGGUCUUCUGACUACUUUUAUACUGGGUAGGAGUCAAGCAGGGAAGGGACUGAGUGAGGCGGUAUCCAUGAGUGGACAGUGAUAAGUGCUGAAAGAUUUUUAAGUUGUAUUUUUGUGAACCAAGAGAAUGUAUAAAUAAUGUUGGUAAGGAUAAGUACAGAUAUUUCAUAAAGAGUAAAACUAAAUGCUAGUUAUGACAUUUGUAGAUAAUUAUUUUUUAGUUGAAAUUAUUUUGAUAUGUAAGAUUCUCUGGGAGAAUGUAAUCAGUGAUUUUCUCCAGUCAGCCCUGCCAAAUAAGAUACUGUAUGAAUACAAUACUAUUGAGUGAUUAUUUGUAAAAUUAUGGCUAUUAGAAAUCCAUUCAUUCAUAACCGAAGUUACACAUUUCAGGAAGUCUAGAGCAGACAGGCAUUUCUUCUGGGACAGUCUUCUUGGUAACUUUGAAAUUGUUUUUAUAAGUUCUUUCCUGAGACUCAAUUUUUUCUUUUCUUUUUUUUUGUUUUGUAGUUCACUGUCACUGAGAAAAAUGAGCCCUACACUUCUCAUGACAAAUCAUUUUACAGACAGAAUGGCAAGUGUUUAAAGUACUGCACAGAAAGUGCUUUAAAGAAAAAUCCCUUGAGAUCUAAAGCAGUGUAGCCAAAGGCAAGAGAAUAGGGAACCCCUGUUACUUCACAGAGUUCAGAAUUCAGGCAGAGUUAGGGGCAUUUGCUUUGAUUCUGAAAGUUCCACAUUGAUUUCAACCAAGAAGUCUACACAGUUACUUGGUAAAGUGCUUACAGAAUUUCCCAACAAUUCAGUUGCCCCAAGAGACUAAAAGAAAAAGGAAUUAUGGAUGUCAUUUACAUAACUCCUUAUCUGUAUGGAGGUAAUAAGCCACUUUAAUGUACAUACCCAGCUUUCCUAUUGCUAUACUAAAGCAAUAUGUGUGUGUUAUGUUUCCCUUUUUGAAGGGGCAAUGCAUUAACUCUCAACUUUUCUAUAAAUCAAGAUGAAAACUUUUAGAUACAUCAAAUUGCCAAAAUGUGAAAAACUAAAUUAAAAAAUACUUGGCCUUAAAUAUUUCCAAAUACCUAGGCUAGGGUUUAGUAUUUAACUUGGUAAUUGGCAUAUCUUAUUCCUUAUGCGUUUACUGUUCCACACCAAGAUAAUGGAUAAGCCAAGGCAGGGGAUGUGCAUUGGCUCAGUCCUAUUUUCAGAAUGUAGUGAUCUGUGAGGAGAUUUUUAAAUAGUCUUUAAGUCAGUGAUGGUGAACCUUUUAUAGCUUUCAGUGAUACAAGCAGCCAGGUGCAGCACAUGUGCCAAAGGUUUGCCACUCCUGCUCUAAGUGAUACCAGUUAGUCAUGUAUACAUUUAGACUGAGUCCCAUAAAGGCAAGACGACCCAAAACAUUAAUUCCAUAUUUACAUCAUUAUACUUAUUGGUGAAAACCACAUUUGGUAUUUUCCUUCUGAAAAAUCUGUGGUAAACCCAUACACUGUAGUGAGAAUUACAAGUUGGUUAAGAAGAAUGAAUUCACUUGUUUGGUUUUAGGUUGAUAAAAGCCAACUGCUCCUCAGGCUCAUGCUUUUGCAGCCUUUAUCCUGGAAAGUCGCCCAAAGGCACUGUGAUUGUCAGCUUUGUCAGCAAUCACAGAAUGGCAGGCAGGGAAAACUGGGACUUUAGCAUCAACAAGAGAUAGGCUUUGCCACUUUUAGCUCCAGACUUUUCUUUAUGUUCUAGAAAGAUCACUAACGGUCAAAGUGGAACAAGCACUACAUGACUGACCCCUAUUGGGGUUUUUACUUAAAGGAGGCCAGUUUUUAAUUUAAAUUGCUUGAGAGAUGAAUUCUGCAGAAGAUGAUCCUCAUACUUGGCCCUCUGGGCGCCAUUACUCUGUGAACUGCUUGUACCUAUGAAAGAGAAUACUGACCAGAGUGCUCUUCAUGCCGCUUGUACAGUGGAUUCCUUUCAUGUGACUCUUGACCUGUUUUAUUUCUACCCUUAAUGCAAUGAAAUGUUUCACUAAUAAAAAACUUUAUUUAAAAGUGCAA